UCACUUCCUCAGUUCCAGCUUGUAUCUUCUGCUGAACAGACGUCUUAGCGCUUAGAUUUAAUGAAAAGUAUCUUAUUUUGAUAUCAUCUGGACUUUGAAACUAAAAAGGAUGAUAAGGCCAUUUCUUUUUCUCAUCCUAGUCCUGAUUUCAUUUUUGUUGAUUCAGGCGAGGACUUCUAUAAACUAUGAUGAAGCUCGUCGGGCACUUUUAACUGCCGAAGAGAACCUCCUGACUGGUGGCCAUACGUACUUGAGCGAAAAGGAGAUUAAAGCCAAUGAAAUCUUCAUGCAGUACAAGAUCAAGGAGUUGGACCGCGGCUUUGAAAACGAGGAGGAGAACGCCGCAGCACUCCAUUUCUUCAAGGCCAAGCCUUUAAUCGACAAGAGUAAAGUCUUUCAGUUUCUUCACAGAAUGCCCAAGGGAGCCGUGCUUCAUCUGCACAAUAGUGCCUCUGUUAGCUCCGAAUGGGUGGUGAAGAACAUUUCCUAUUAUCCUGGUUUGUUGCGCUGUACAACGACCAAGGGAAAAACAGUCCUGACCUUCCGGCGGACACCCAUCGGCCAUCACUGCCAGACGGAGUACGUCCUGGUUUCAGAUGAGCGUGGUAAUGCCAGUGAUCCUCAGGUUUAUGAUCAGGAAUUUGAACACAUCAUCAAUAUGUACACCCCCCACCCAGAGCUGGAAUAUUCUACUACGAAACAGUCAUGGACUCGGUUUCAGGAUAUGUUUGAUUCCUUUAACGACGCCCUUGCCUACUUGCCAGUAUUUCAGAUAUACACCUGGAGAGCUUUGGAGGAGCUCUACAAUGACAAUAUCAUGUAUGCGGAGCUCCGUUCCACACUACGACCCCUUUAUGGCGAAAACGGAACAGAUUUUCCAAUAGACCGCACUAUACAGGUGUUUCACGAUCUAAACGAAAAGUUCAUCCAGCAACACCCGGAUUUUUUGGGAAUUAAAAUAAUAUUUUCCGCAUAUCGUGGCUUUGAAGUGGAUCGUAUCAAAAAUAUUCUACAGGAUUUUAAACGAAUUCACAAAGCUAUGCCCAACUUCGUGGUAGGAUUUGAUUUGUUGGGCCAAGAGGAUAAGGGAAAGCCUCUCUAUGAUUUUUGGCGUAUUCUUAAAGACUUUCCACCAACAGCUCGAUUUUUCUUUCAUGGUGGAGAGACAAAUUGGUUUGGUGCCUCAACGGACCUCAAUUUGCUAGAUGCCCUGCUUCUAAAUACCACCAGAAUCGGACAUGGCUACGCCCUGGCCAAGCACCCGAUCAUUAUGAGUGCCAUCAAGAAUCGUAAGAUAGCCGUCGAGGUGAGUCCCAUAUCGAAUCAGGUCCUGAAUCUAGUCUGGGACCUGCGGAACCAUCCAGGAGCCCUAUUCCUCGCUCAAGAUGUGCCGAUGGUGAUUUGCAGCGAUGAUCCCGGGUUCUGGAAUGCCAAGGGUCUGAGCUAUGACUUGUACUACGCCAUCAUGAGCCUGGCUCCCAAGAAUGCUGGACUCCGUUUGCUCAAAACUCUUGUGGGUAACUCGAUCCGCUACUCCGCUAUGACGAAGGAGGAGAAGAGUCGUUCUUACCAGAUUCUGGAGAAACACUGGUCCAUCUUUAUUGAUAAAGUUCUGGAAGAAGUGGACAAUUGAAUUAUGUUAAAAACGAAAUUAUUUUGAUAUUUUUAUUUUGUGGAUUGUAACAGUUCUAGCCAUCUUUAAUUAAACAAAAUAUAAUGACCAAUACCCUAAUCUUUUUAACUUUUUUUGGAUGAUUAAACUGAAUAUAAUUAUAUUCGACACGAUAAUACUUAGGUUUAAAACGUAUCGUCCUCAUUCUUCUGUAUAUUUCAAUUUAUAUAGAAUAUAAAUGAACAAUCUUUUCUGAAAAAUGCA